AUGAAGCUCGUUGCAGGAUUGUUUUUAGCUCUGAUUGCAGGAACUCUAGGUCGGAAGCAAAGCCGAAUUAUCGGUGGAACUCGGUCGCAGCUCCACCAAUUUCCUCAUCAAGUGAUAAUACGUCUGAACGGGUUGCAUCAAUGCGGAGGUAGCAUAAUCAGCGAGCGACACAUUCUCACGGCUGCUCACUGUUUUCCGAGUGCCCUUAAGCCACCGUACCGUAACGUCACUGUAGUCACUGAUACCAUUGCUAUUUUCGACAGCAAGCACCAAGUUCAUCCAGUUGCUAACGUUACCAAGCAUCCUUUUUAUUUGUUCAACAAAGCCAAUCAUUCAGCUCACGACAUCGCUAUUGUUACGUUGCAAAAAAAUUUAACAUUAUCCGAGAGAAUACAAAAAUUAAAACUACCAUCGAGAUCAGCUCAGUUGGGUGAUGCCGUAAUAGCUGCUGGGUGGGGAAGAACCUCGAUAUCAGGCAAGAAAUCGACCGAGCAACACUACACCAAUUUGGAAAUUAUUCCUUGGGACAAAUGCGAAAAUCUGUUAAACGGAAAUGGUCGCCGAAGAUCGAGACAUGUAUUCAGCACUGAAAUAUGCGCCUUUAGCAGAAAAAAACAAGUUGGCAUGUGCUAUGGGGACAGUGGAGGCGGCUUGUUCAAGGACGACGAGAUCAUUGGGGUAACAUCGUGGGUCGUUCCAUGCGCUCUGGGUCUACCUGACGUGUUUGGUGAUGUGUUUCGAUUCGUGGACUGGAUCAAGCGUGUCAUGAAUGAAAAUAAAGGCAAUCGAUAA